AUGCGCGCAGAUACGUACAGAAAUGCUGGGCAACACAUGAGUGGGCCGACUCUCCUCAGAGUUGUCCUGCCGACGAGGGAGGAGAAGAGCGAGGGGGGCAGACAACUUUGUGUCACCGCCGCCGACGCCGACGCCGCCUCGAAGACACUAGAAGAUGGCAACAGGAGACUUCUAGAACUGGACGUCAGGACAGGAUCUCUUACAAAGCAGAUUAUGUUCACCUCUCCUAACUCGACAUUUAUACUUCCUGCUCCUUUCUUCCCUACCGCUUUGUCUCUUAUUUCCUCUCACAUACAGUCUUCGUCCUUGGAUGAGCCUGAACUUCUUUCUCUCUUACGUGGUGUCCUCUGUCUGCCAGACCAGGUUUCCUGUGCUCUUAUUCUUCAAAGAAAAAUUAUUGUGAUAACUCAAUAA